AUGAAGAUUUUCCAACAACAAACCGACUUCGACUACUCUUGGGAGGAGGUCUCUACUGCAAACUGGAGGAAGUACGGCCCAUGGAACGAGAAGACUCCCCAUGUCAUCGCCGUCGACACCCUCAGCAGGACCGUUGAUCCCGCAACUGGCAUCCUUCGCACAGAACGUCUCAUCACCUGCCAACAGUCUGCACCCAAGUGGGUCACCAGCAUCCUCGGCGGCUCGGAAACCUCGCUCGUCUACGAGACUUCAUAUGUCGACCCAACGGAAAAGAAGGUCACCAUGUGCUCGAUGAACAUGACCUACUCGGACCUCAUCUCUGUCCGUGAGACCUGCACCUACUCUCCCUCGUCCGCCUCUCCUCACGCCAAGACCACCUUCCAGCAGCGUGCCGAGAUCACCGCCUUCUGCGGCGGCUGGCAAAAGAUCAAGAACUCUAUCGAGCAGUUCACUGUCGAUAGGUUCCAACAGAAUGCCGCCAAGGGAAAGGAGGGCUUCGAAAUGGUCCUCGAGAGGGCCCGACAGGUCUUUUCUGAGCAGCGGGAUCUGAUCCGACUCCAGCAGGACUCCAAGAUCCUUCAACAGGCCCGGAUAUGA